GUUACUUGGAUAGGGGCCCGGAGAAGCAGGACCCAUCGUACAACCCGUCCUAGCAUGGUUCCAUAGCCAACAACAGGAAUCAUGCUUUCACUCAUAUGCCCUUCACAAGUGCGCGAUCACUUCCAGCUCAUAUCGGCGUGGCUGACGAUCCCCUGCUGCAGGUUCAUCGCCAGACAGCCGAUCCACCACUGCCGGAUUCGGUGGAUGUCACGUCAGACGUGUCACAUGUCACAAGCGCGAGCGAGUCAUAGGAUGAGCGCGGUGUGAACGGGUGAGUUUCUAACCACCACAUCCACCAUCAAGAGCUGCGCCAAUGCCUACGUCUGGAGUGAUGACCCAUAACGAACCAGGUCUGCAUCAAUUCUGGUGUGCGUGCCUUCAAGAGGCGAAGCCAGUAUCGAAGGGCGAGCCACAACCUUGUACAGCAGCAACCUGUGACUCUGUCUGCGUGCAAGUGCUGGCGGAGGACAAGAGGCUGACCUCAAGAUGUGGGCAUCAAGAGGAAG